GAGAACCAAAGAUGUGAGUUCUGGGUCAUGAUGAGCCUGGGGCUGAAGAACCGCACCCACCACCAGAUCAAGGCCCGAUUCCGCGAGCUUUGCCCGAAGGAGAGCAACCUCCUGGACCUCAUGAACGCUACCAGGGCUGCCGUGAUGCCCUUUGGACACAAGUGGCGGGACCGUCGGCGGCCACGCUCGGAGCUUUCAGCAGGCGACUUCCUGAUGCAUCUCAAGGAGGACGAGUCGGGCAGGCUUACGACGGAUGACAAGCGGGCGGACCGGCAUCUCAACCGCAUCAACGACAUGAGGUUGAAGAUGAGGCAGCAAGCUCAAAUCGGCUUUGAAGGCACCGAGCCGGAGCCGGUCCAAGACGUCACAGUCACUUCGAAGCGCCAGCGGGUCUCAAGGAAGCAGGCCGAAGCAGUGCCAGAACCGGCGGAGAAACCCGGGCAAGGGGAGACCAAGGAGGAGGAGCAGGAGGUGCCCGAGGUUGCUGGUCACGUUUCUGACCCCUCUGACGACGACGUGCGUGUCUGCGUGCGUCCAAAGGCGGCAGCUCAGGAGAAAGGCUUUAGCCUGACCCGCGGCUCACGGGCCAAAGAGCCUCGGCUGCGAUCGAAGCGGCUCAGACUGGCUAAAGGCCGAGCUAAGCGGAAGGCAACCCAACCCCCAGAGAUGGUCUAG